AUGCAGAACGGGGGUAACGUCCAGGACCCAUCGACCUUUGACCUGCUGCCCGGCAAGCCAGCACGGAUGGAAGGAGAGAAAGCCACGAAGGACGAGGAAGUCAACGAAGCAUACGACAUGGCGCUGCACGUGCUUCAAUUCUACAAGAAAUUUCUCAACUACGAUUCUUUAGACGGCCAGGCCAUGGAAGUCAAGAGCUCGGUUCACUUUGGCAACAAGCUGGGCAAUGCUUUCUGGCUAGGCAGUCAUGAGCAGAUGGUGUAUGGAGACGGAAACUCCUUUCUGCACAACUUUACCGGCUGUGUUGAUGUCAUUGGCCAUGAGAUGACCCACGCCGUAAUCCAGUACAGCGCGGCCCUCAUCUACCGCAACGAGUCCGGCGCGCUGAACGAGCACAUCUCCGACGCCUUUGGCAUCAUGGUCAAGCAGAUGUACGAAAACGAGAUGGCUGAGCACGCUGACUGGCUCAUUGGCGAAGGCUGCCUCCUGCCCGGCGUGAAGGGCGUCGCUCUGCGGAGCAUGAAGAAUCCGGGCACGGCCUACAAUGACCCUCGCUUCGGCUCUGACCUCCAACCCUCACACACCGACCAGAUCCCGGACUUGAUGAAGAAGCACGGCGAUUUCAUCCGGAACCGUGACUAUGGCGGGGUGCACGUCUUGUCGGGCAUCCCCAACCGCGCCUUCUACCUAGCCGCCGUUGCGUUUGGAGGGUACUCAUGGGAGAAGGCCGGCAAGAUCUGGUGGAAAGUUGUCUCGGAGCGGGCAAUCCCUCCGAACUGUACCUUUAUCCAGUUUGCCGAUGCCACAGUUGAUGCGGCCGAGGCCUUGUUUGGCACCGAGGCGGCUGUCAUUGUGAGAAACGCGUGGAAUCAGGUUGGGGUGGCCAGGAAGGUGUAA